AUGACUAUUUUCAGAUGUAUCCAAGGCAGCAAACUAUAUGAAGGUCUAAUCGACUUUUUAACCCUUAAUGGAUCGGGCAACCACUGCCACAUGAAGCAGUCUAGCGAUAUACCAUGGGUUGAAAAAUACCGACCUACCUCUUUAUCAGAUAUCGUAGGCAACGACGCUACCAUUUUACGUCUGACUGCUUUUUCCAAAGACGGCAACGUCCCGAACAUCAUCAUCGCGGGUCCCCCAGGUUGUGGUAAAACUACCAGCAUCCUUUGUCUUGCUCACACACUGUUGGGUGACUCCUACCGAGAGGCGGUUUUAGAAUUGAACGCCUCCAACGAUCGGGGUAUUGAUGUUGUGCGUAACAAGAUCAAAAUGUUUGCCCAGAAGAAAGUAACCCUACCCGUUGGAAGACAGAAAAUUAUCAUACUCGAUGAAGCCGAUAGCAUGACUGAAGGGGCUCAACAGGCUCUUCGUCGCACAAUGGAAAUCUAUUCCCGCACCACUCGGUUCGCACUAGCUUGCAACGAUUCUUCCAAGCUCAUUGAACCCAUCCAAUCGCGCUGUGCCGUGUUGCGUUACGCCAAACUCACAUCCGCUCAGAUUAUGGCACGUUUACUGGAAGUAUGUCGCACUGAGGGUGUUUCUUACACCGACGAAGGUCUCGAAGCGAUCGUUUUUACCGCGGACGGAGACAUGAGGCAGGCUUUAAACAACCUGCAAUCAACGCAUCAAGGUUUCGAAAUGGUCACCAGUGAAAACGUCUUCAAGGUUUGCGAUGAGCCCCAUCCACUGUUGGUUAAACAGAUGUUAGAUGAUUGUCUGAAAGGCGAUUUGUCUGCAUCCCACAAGAUCAUGCGACACCUCUGGACACUGGGUUAUUCUGCCGAGGACAUCAUCACCAUCGUUUUUCGCGUCCUCAAAAACCAUCCAAUGGAAGAGUACAUCAAGUUGGAGUACCUCAAGGAGGUCGGUCUGGUUCAUCUACGGAUAGCCGAAGGGCUGUCGACUCAUCUCCAACUGGCCGGAUUGCUCGCUCGUCUGUGCAAAAUCUCCCAGUCGGAACCAACUGUUUGAAUUUCCACUCGCGCAUGUGUUGUUAUUUUUGUAUAUUGGUGCAAUGUUACAUAGAUUUCUUAUUCAGUUUAA